CAUUUUCUUUAAUCCCCGUCGUCCAUCUCGUGCCUUUGCCGUUGCUACUUGCAUUGGUAGGGCAUCAUCAGUCAGCCAGUUUACACGUCGCACCAAAAACACACGAACAUUCAGAUCAGCUAGUAGCUUGAGAGUGAGAGGGUCCCCCCGUCGUCUCUGCCUUCUUGCGCUGCAUCUUUCCGGGCGGGACAUCUGGUGCUCUUGUCCGCUAAUGGCCCCCCACCCCCUCCUUUCUUUUUAUUCCAAACCCGCUCCUCCCCUGCUUUCCCUCUCUUAUUCAAACUCGCAGUCACAGCCUCCCUCUUUUUCUAACGCCACCGGCCGUUGCCACCCCUCAUCACACCCUCACUUCAGCACUUCAGCUGCAGCUCAGUACCGCUAGGCUUGGAGCGCGCACCGGCGCGGAGCAGACAGCGGAGCCUCUCUUGCCGUCCGGCUGCGAAUUCCGGGGAUGGGCAAGGCGGCGCGGUGGUUCCGCAGCUUGCUUGGCGGCGGGAGGAAGGACCAGGAGAGGCAGCGGGCCUCGCCGGCGCCGCCGCCCACCGCGGACAGGAAGCGCUGGAGCUUCGCUCGCUCGUCGCGGGACUCGGCCGAGGCCGCGGCGGCGGCGACCGAGGGCUCCGUGCGGGGCGGUGCCGCCGCCGCCGGCGGUAACGCGGCGAUCGCGAGGGCGGCCGAGGCCGCGUGGCUCAAGUCGCUCUACGACGACACGGGGCGGCAGCAGAGCAAGCACGCCAUCGCCGUCGCUGCGGCUACCGCGGCGGCGGCGGACGCGGCCGUGGCCGCCGCGCAGGCCGCCGUCGAGGUCGUCCGGCUCACCAGCCAGGGCCCUGUCUUCGGCGGCGGAGGUGGAGGAGGGGCCGUGCUCGACCCCCGUGGCCGCGCCGGCGCCGCCGUCAAGAUCCAGACGGCCUUCAGAGGCUUCUUGGCGAAGAAGGCGCUGCGAGCGCUCAAGGCGCUGGUGAAGCUGCAGGCGCUGGUGCGCGGCUACCUGGUGCGGCGGCAGGCGGCGGCGACGCUGCAGAGCAUGCAGGCGCUGGUCCGCGCGCAGGCCACCGUCCGCGCCGCCCGCGGCUGCCGCGCCCUGCCCUCGCUCCCGCCGCUCCACCACCCAGCUGCAUUCCGCCCGCGCUUCUCGCUGCAAGAGCGGUACGCUGACGACACGCGCAGCGAGCACGGCGUGGCGGCGUACAGCCGGCGCCUGUCCGCGAGCAUCGAGUCGGCGUCGUACGGGGGCGGCGGGUACGACCGGAGCCCCAAGAUCGUGGAGAUGGACACGGCGCGGCCGAGGUCCCGCGCGUCGUCCCUUCGCACCGAAGACGAGUGGUACGCGCAGUCGGUGUCGUCGCCGCUGCAGCCGCCGUGCCACCACCUGCCGCCGCGCAUCGCGGUGCCGACGUCGCGCCACUUCCCGGACUACGACUGGUGCGCGCCGGAGAAGCCCCGGCCGGCGACGGCGCAGUGCACGCCCCGGUUCGCGCCGCCGACCCCGGCAAAGAGCGUCUGCGGCGGCGGCGGUGGUAACGGCGGCUACUACGCCCACCACCUCGCCGCGGGGUCGCCCAACUGCCCCGGGUACAUGUCGAGCACGCAGUCGUCGGAGGCCAAGUCGUCGUCCCGGUCGCACAGCGCGCCGAAGCAGCGGCCGCCGGAGCAGCAGCAGCCGUCCCGGAAGCGCGUGCCGCUGAGCGAGGUGGUCCUGGAGGCCCGCGCCAGCCUGGGCGGCGUCGGCGUCGGUAUGAUGCACAAGCCGUGCAACACCCGCGCCGCGCAGCCGCAGGAGCCGUUCGAUUUCCGCGCCGCCGUCGUCAGCCGGUUCGAGCAGCGCGCGUCGGACGCCGCUGCCGCCGCCGAACGGGACCGCGACGUGUUGUUCCUGCAGAGGAGGUGGUGAAGGUGAACCGACCGAUCGAUCGAUCGGUCAGUGAGUUAGUCGAAGUGCUCCGCCUGCCUGAGUGAGAUUAUGGCCUAGUAUGAUUAAUCGGUGCUGCUAAUAGGGAUUGUUAAUUAGGUUCUCAUUAAUUCCUCGCCCUUUUGUGAUCUCUGUUAGUUCUUCCGAUCGCGUCCAUGACCUCUCUCUGCAGUCGGCCAUUCUUCCUGCUUGCAAUAAGCUAGUGUGUGUGUGUGUGUGAAGUAGGGAGAGAUUUCAUCAUCCCGUUCCGUUUCGUUUUUUUCGUUCAUAAAAACAGUAGUGCAGCUGGAUCAUCAGCUCGAUGUACAUUCCGCCUGUUCUCCGAUCAUCACCAUCAAGAAAGAGAGAAAAAAAA